CCCCAGCUCCUUCUGUGUUUCAGUCUGCUUUCUGCUCGACUGUGUCGGGUCAUGAAGAUAAAAUGCACGUAAUAAUCAGAAGCUGUGUCCUGUUGUUAUGGAUUCAUACGCUGACGGUGGUGAAUAGUCAAAGUCUAACCUGUACACUCGAUCAGUUUUUGAAAAGUGAUUUAUAUGACACAAACUUCGACACGUCGUCCCUGGAGGACUCUUACCCCGGAGGGAAACAAGUGAGAGUGAACUGUAAUAUUGGCUUCAGUGGCUUUUUCAAAAUCCUCUGUAUUGAUGGGCGAUGGCAGUCCAAAGGCACUAGAUGUCAAGCAAGAUCAUGUGGUCAUCCUGGCGACGCCCAGUUUGCAGAUUUCCAUCUGGAAAAAGGCGACGAUUUUGUUUUUGUCAAAGUUGUAUACACCUGUCAAAAAGGUUAUCAAAUGGUCAGCCGGAGUAACUCUCGCAUCUGCAUGGCUGGAGGCUGGGAUGGUGUUGUUCCUGUAUGUGAAGCUCAGCAGUGUCCGGUGAUUCAUGUGGCCGAUAAUGUUCAGGUGAUUGGGGACCCGGAGGACGCAAACUACGGCAAUGUAGUUCGAUUUAGCUGCAAGUCUAACACAGAGGUUCUGAAUGGGACGUCGGAGAUCUAUUGUGAUGAAAAUGGAGAGUGGAGUGCCCAGGCUCCAAGCUGUGAAGAGAUCAAAUGUGCAAUACCUCAGAUUCAACAUGGACGAUUAACUGGACAGCUCCAAGAUCACAAAGAACAUGAAGUCCUGCAUUUUGAGUGUAAUCAGAAGUUCAAAAAACAGACUGAAAGACCGUCAAAAUGCACAAAAAUAGGAACUAAAGCCGAGUUCAGUCCAGCGCCUGUGUGUGAGCCAACAAAAUGUAAACUACCGCUGACAACACUCGAAGGCACCAGAUAUGCCACUUCCCAAAAUGUGUUUUCACCUGGAGACACAGUCACAACCAGAUGUGGUUAUAAGUACUGGAUCUCUACACCUCAGAGCACCUCAGCUGUAUCCAUAUGUAAUGACGACGGAGAAUGGGAUAUCACACCAGUUUGCCAAGAGGUGAGGUGCAGCAAUCAAAGAGACUCACGUGUGUAUUCUUGGAAUGUCCGUUGGGGACAAAUAAUAACACUGGAUGAGAGUGUAAACUAUCGGUGUAAAACAGGAUAUAGGGCAGCAUCAAGCUCGGCCAGGUGCACCAGAGAUGGAUGGAGUCCAAAUCCACUUUGUCAAGAUAUAACAUGCAACAGACGUGAGGUUCCAAAUACUGAUAUUGUGAGCAAUGACAAGCAGACGUACAUUUACAACGAAAAGGUCAGGUACGUCUGCAAGGAUGGUUUUGAAGGACAAUUCACUCUCUCCUGUAGAGACAAUUACUGGUCUGGGAAUGCGAGAUGCGAAGAGGUACCGUGUAAAAAACAUCCCAUCCCCAAUGCAAUCAUUACCCACAAUGAAAGAGAAACAUACCAGCACAACCAAGCAGUACAAUACACCUGUGAGCACGAUCGUGAUAUGUCCUUCUAUGUUACCUGUGAGAAAGGUAAAUGGACUGGGAUUCAGAGCUGUCGAGCGACUGCAUGUGGAGAAGCUGAAAUUCAAAAUGGAUUUGUUGUUGCUCAGGAGGAUAACAAGCUGUACUACACCUGCAAUGACAAUUUUAAGCUUCCCACCAAAGGCUGGUGGGGAGAAGCCGUAUGUGAAGGCAGGAAGUGGUCUGGACUUCAAGACUGCAUUGAGGAAAGUCGGUGCGGAGAAGCUCCUGUGAUUCCUAAUGCGGAAGUCAUUUUCCUAAACCUCCGUAGCAGACAAGAACUGCAGAUAGCUUGUCAAGAUGGAUACCGCAAUCAGGUUGACCGUUUAUCAUGUGAAGACGGAAAUUGGAAUUUAGAUGAAUUAUUGCCGGAAUCAAUUUGUAAACCUGUCUCCAAUCCCUGCAAACCCCCACCUAAAAUUGAAAAUGCUGUAAUUGUGAAGUCUUACCAAAAGCAAUACCUGUCUGACUCGGAGGUGACUUAUCAGUGCCGUGAUAAGUACACGAUGGAGGGAGAGGGCACGGUUCGAUGCUUGGAUGGCCAAUGGGAAAUUAAGAACAUUUCAUGUAGACCUCGGAAGUGUCCAGUGAUUCAUGUCGGCGAUAAUGUUCAGGUGAUUAGGGACCCGGAGGACGCAACCUACGACAAUGUAGUUCGAUUUAGCUGCAAGUCUAACACAGAGGUUCUGAAUGGGACGUCGGAGAUCUCAUGUGAUGAAAAUGGAGAGUGGAGUGACCAGGCUCCAAGCUGUGAAGAGUUCAAAUGUGCAAUACCUCAGAUUCAACAUGGACGAUUAACUGGAGAGCUCCGAGAUCACAAAGAACAUGAAGUCUGCAUUUUGAGUGCAAUCAGAGGUUCAAUAAACAGACUGAAAGACCGUCAAAAUGCACAAAAAUAGGAACUAAAGCCGAGUUCAGUCCAGCGCCUGUGUGUGAGCCAACAAAAUGUAAACUGCCGCUGACGACACUCAAAGGCACCAGAUAUGACACUUCCCAACAUGUGUUUUCACCUGGAGACACAGUCACAACCAGAUGUGAUUAUAAGUACUGGAUCUCUACACCUCAGAGCACCUCAGCUGUAUCCACAUGUAAUAACGACGGAGAAUGGGAUAUCACACCAGUUUGCCAAGAGGUGAGGUGCAGCAUUGAAACAGACUCACGUGUGUCUUAUUGGGGUGUCUAUCAGGGACAAAUAAUAGCACUGGAUGAGGGUGCAAGCUAUCAGUGUAAAAUAGGAUAUAGGGAAACAUCAAGCUGGGCCAGGUGCACCAGAGAUGGAUGGAGUCCAAAUCCACUUUGUCAAGAUAUAACAUGCAACAGACGUGAGGUUCCAAAUACUGAUAUUGUGAGCAAUGACAAGCAGACGUACAUUUACAACGAAAAGGUCAGUUACGUCUGCAAGGAUGGUUUUGAAGGACAAUUCAUUCUCACCUGUAAAGACAAUUACUGGUCUGGGAAUGCGAGAUGCGAAGCUUUGUAACCAGCUCCAGCAGACUCUCAAUAAAAACCACCAUAUUUACAUUUUUCCAUGGGCCUUUAAUUUGUUGUGUGGUCAGAGCAUUUAAUAAACCAGCUGUUUUGAUUGUU